AUAUAUAAAUUCAUACAUUUAAAAUAUUAUUAAUAUGGAAUAAUUUCAUAUUUACAUCAUCUUCCUAACAAUUUAAAUAUUUUACAUGCCUACCUCUUCAAUCCAUCUAUUCCUAUGAUACAGGUUGUUGCACCUAUAGAGGAACAAAUGAGGAACCCAAUCCUUGAGAAUCUUCUUGGAUUGAACUUGAAUCUCCCACCUGCCAGCAGAAACCCAAUAACUCCUGAAAUGAUCGUUGUGAAUCAUGAACCAAUUGUUGGAGACAACCACAUAGAAUAUAUAAUGUCUAGUCAUUACAAAGAGUUGGUUGAACUUGCUAUUGAAGGGACAAGUUCAAUGAAGGAGGAGGAGCUGAAAUUCCCCAUAACAAACAGCUUGAUUGUUGGUUUUCACAGCAAACGACAACCUGCUCUUCGAGCAAAAAGAGGCUCUUCAAUUUGGUAUCCAGGAAUUUAUAUGCAAGUUUCAGCAUCUAUUGCACCUCCAUUAAUGCCUCAUAUAAAUGUGGAUGAAUCUGCUCAGGUGUUCAAUGAAAAUAGUGAAGUGGAGUUAGCAUUGCCCAGAAAAACCCCUCGCAGUACUGUUCAUGUCGCGAACGAGAAACCCCCAUUUAGAGCUCUUCCAUUGAGACCUCAUUACGACUUCUUCUUUAUGGCCAUAGAUGUAGUGGACAAGAGCUCCAUCGUCACCACGGCGGCGGAUCUUGAGAGCAGGGAGGAGAUUGACACUCUAAGAGGAUUUGAGGGUGAUUCGCUGAGAGCCUUCGCCGUCAGUCCUAGCCAUCGCCAAUUUUCCGAGAGCCUUCGCCGCCAGUCCCACUACCCAGCGCCGACUGCCCAGUCGCCAAUUCAUACCCUUCGCCGUCAGUCCCACGCCAUGGAAGAUUCUUCCAUUAAGCAUAGUACGCUCAAGGAUGUGGCUUGUGGUAGUCUAAACAGAAUAUGAGAAUAACUUUGAAAGGCACGGUUAUCAACAAUCCUCUUUGGGAAAUAGGUACUCCUAUUCUGUUAGCAAAUGAGAGUUUGGUUGUGAAAGUUAUUGCUCCAACUAAAGCAAUCUUUGAUGCUAAAUUAUUAUUCAAAAAAGAUUUUCCUAAUACUUUUGUAACUACCUGAGAAACUAUCUUAGAAGUAAAUGGUACUGUAGUAA